UCUCUGUUCCGCUCUCUCUCAGGAUCUUGAUAGGUCCGUUUGGCAGAGAGACCGGGUUGCGGGGGUUAACUCCGUUGGAUAGUUUGACCGGCUCUUGAGCCAAACCCUUUCAGUUUAGUGCUGCAGCAGACAGAAGUGUCUGGACGGGGACCGAGGGAGUCUUUGAAACUUUGCCCUGAAUUCUGGAUGUUAUAUACUUCUUAAAAUGUAUAUGCAGGCGGAAUCUACCCCUUUGAAGGUGUCCAACACCUCGACGGCCAGACAGACGGACGCCCUCUGAAUGGGUCAACCUUUCCCGUUCCCCAACCCUCCCGUUGGGGAACAACCCCCUACCGUCCUUCCCCGUCUGUCCCGUGGCGAGGUCUCCGCCAUGGGCAUGGAGCCCAACCGCUCCGCCCCCUCCUCCCGCUACCCCCUGCUGUCGGCUGAGCAGCUGAUCUAUGCCAUCACCGUGCCGCUGUCCACCUCCAUCAUCCUGGCCAACCUGCUCAUCAUCCUGGGCAUCGCGCUGAACCGCAAGCUGCACAACACGCCCAACUACUUCUUCCUCAGCCUGCUCGUGGCCGACCUGUGCACGGGCGUGGCCCUGCCCUUCAUCCCCUGGAUGGGCCUCAACCGCCAGCUCAGCUUCAGCUCCUGCCUGGUGGCACACGUCUUUCCCAACUUCCUGUUCCUGGCCUUCCUGCUCAACCUGGUGAUGGUGCACUACGAGCGUUACACCUGCAUCGCCAGCCCGCUGCACUACAGCCGGCUGUGGGUGCACCGCUGCUUCCCGCUGGCGCUACUGGUGGUGUGGGUACCGCCACUGCUGUACGCCGCCCUGCCCGCCUUCGGCUGGAACAACUGGUCCGCCCCGGAUUGGGACUACUGCUGCCCCACAGGUGUCGGAGGGCGGAUGGAGGAGAGGCGGGCGGAGGCGCCGUGCGCGGCCAAUACCACCUCGUCCUUCUGCUGCUCGUACCGCCGCGUGUUCCCCAACGCUUUCAUCUACCUGGAGGUGUACGGCCUGGUGCUGCCCGCCAUCCUGGCCAUCGCCGGCAUGACGGGCCGCGUGCUGUGGAUCACGCGCGGCCAGCUGCGCGACAUCUGCCGGCUGCACCGCUCGCUGGAGCGCGGCGCCGCGGCGUCAGACCGGGAGCAGCGGCUCCAGCUGCGGUACGCACGCUGCGUGGCAGCCGUGUCGCUGACCUUCCUGGCGUGCUGGCUGCCCUACGUCAUCUACAUGCACGUUUGCGUGGCGUUCCUGCUGAGUGAGACCCGCUGGAGCUCCACUGUGCACAUCGUGCUGUCGUGCACGGGUGUGGCCAGCAUGGCGGUGGUGCCGCUGGUGCUGGGCAUGGCCAACCGGCAGUACACCGACCCAGCCAGCCGCAUCCUGCUCAAGCUGCGGGCACGCUGGAGGACCAGGCGGCCACAGCACGGCGAGGAGAUCGCCCUCUAGGGGCCGCGGUGACAUUAGCGGCCGUCCUGGGGUUACGUACAAACUUGCGUCUUGGGGGUUGCCUCGACGAACAACAGAUUCUCAGGUCAUGCCAGAAGACGAACUCCCCCGCUUCGUCUGAGUGCAGGGGGGGACUGUGCGCUGCCUGGUUAGCUUUAAGUUUAAGGUAGCUUUGGUUUAAGCCUUAAACUUAUGUUUAAGGCGUUAUGGAAAUGCAGAUCAGGGGGGAACAGACGUGUGGCGUCUUUGACCUGCGUGGUCUUCGUUCCGACAGGGAGUAACGUUGCAUUGGUGUUGACACUGCAUUUGACCGCAAUUAAGGACAAAACUGUGGUUGGUGCAAGAUAUGUUUCCGUGGUUAGUGCACUCGUUUUUUAAACAAAUAAUUCUUGUGGACGAUUUGACACAAAUGAGCAGUCCAGAAAAGGCCCUAGUUGAAGACACCAGUGUUAUGUUGGUGAGCAUUGAGAGAUACACAUGAACGUGUAUGAACAAUUAUUGACACAGAUAUUGUUAUUUUUUCAUCCACAGGACUAUUCCUUUGCAUGCAUUUUAGCCAGCUGAAAUGAUUAGAAUUAAAAGUGACUGAACAAGAACCAUAAUGUUUUCCACUAAUGUAAAGUCACAAAAUGGGGUUGAAUAUAAUUGUGUCAAACUUUGGCCAAACGGGCUAAAACCUCUCAUAUAACACCAAAGUGAAUUGGAAGGGGAAUGUGAUUGGAAUGUCAAUGUGAACAGGGUUUGGGAAUCUGAUUCUGAAUCUGAUGUGGCUGUUCAUGAGAUUCUCAGUGUGAAUAUGAAUUGACUGGGACCAUUAGACUUUUCCUUUUGGUUGAAUCACUUAAACCAGAGCGUCCACUGGAUUUGGAGGUAAUCAGUUUAAAGCUGUCCAGGCCUGGAUGUGAAGGUUAAUCGCUGGGCCUGUCACAGCUCCAGUGGUCCGCUGAGGGGAUUGGGUUCAGCGCUGUGAUCAGUGGAUUUCCCUGAAGCUUUGAUUUGCUCAUUGAUAACUUUAAAACCAUGAGCCAUGUUCGUCUGCUUGUUGUCUGUGUGCAUGUGUGCGUGCGUGUGUACAUUUGCCUGGGGAUUUAUUUUGCUUGCAUACAGAAUGCAUCAACAAUGAAAAUGAAAAAUAAAACAAACUCUCAAUUUUGCAA